ACGGCGACAGUUUACUCACGGCAGUCGCGAAACACGCUCCCAGGCAGAAAAACCAAUCAUCAUCAGCUAUAUCCAGAGAUCGGUGCAGAUCGGUUGAGAACUAAACUAGUUAAAGAAAAAACUAAAGUUAAAGAAAAAAUAAUAAUAAAUAUCAGAGAUUAUCUGUAUUUGGUGUAGAUCAUUAGAUCUAAAGUAUUUGGAAUUUACUGAGGAACUCAAAGAGAUUGUGUUAAAAACCGAUUAGAUUUAAAAAGGAAAGGAUUUAGAUAUAUUAAAUCCAAAGUAUUUUUAGUAUCGUUGCUCAUUUGGAAUUGUUUAAAUAAUUAAAAGAGAUUGUUUUACUACAGCGGUGAUUGACUUAACAAGGAUUAUUUGAUUUUGGCGUAGAUCAUUAGACAUAAAGUAUUUAUAUACUGGAAUUAAUUAAAGAACCAAAAGAGAUUGUGUGAAAAAUAAAAGUAAUAAUAAAAAAGUAACUAUUUUGAGUUUGGAGAUCAGUACUUAUAAUAUAGAUUGAUCUGUGAUUGCACAGCGGUGAAUCGAUUUAAUCAUUAGAAAGUGACUAUAUUUUUGUUUGAGUGCCUGCUGAUUUGUGUGAGUGUUCGUCCAAUAUCCCAUAUACCAAAUCCCAAAUCCCAAAUCCCACAUCCAAUAUCCAAUAUGAUCUGCCCGAAACGCACCUCGGAGCUGCUGGACCUCCAUUUGGCGCCGUUCAAGGACAAGGAUCCGGCCUGGGAGGUGGGCGUGUCGAAGAUCGCGGGCCGCGGGGUGGUGGCCACCAGGAGCCUCAAGCGGGGCGAGAUCAUUUUCCGGGACAGCCCGCUGCUGAUUGGCCUGGCGGCCCACGAGGAGGAUGCCCUGAAUGCGUGCAGUGUGUGCCUGAAGAUGCUGCCCGACACGCGGUUCAUGUGCCGCCAGGGAUGUGGCCUCCCGGUCUGCAGUCUGUGCGCCAAGAAGAAGCAGCACAAGAGCGACUGCGACCUGUUCAAGUCGUGGGCACCCAACGAGCCGGACGUGGCCAACUCGGUGAUCAUACGGCUGCUGUGCGUGGCCAGGGCCAUCAAUCUGAGCAAGGAGCAGAGGGACCUGAUCUACUGCCUGCAGGCGAACCUCGACAACAACCACCGCACCGAGGUGCGCAACGCGGCCAAGUGCUUCAAGCACUUCCCCACCGACAAGAAGCUGAUCGAGAUCAUGAACCGCACCGUCGCCGUGCUGCGCACCAAUGGCUUCGACAAGACCACCGACCGCACCAACGACAACCAGGAGUUCAACUACCGGGCCCUCUACCCGCUCUUCGGCGUGGUCAACCACGACUGCAUUCCCAACGCCUACUACACCUUCGAGGACAAGACCAACACCAUGCUCGUCCGCGCCGCCGUCGACAUCCCCGCCGGCUUCGAGGUCACCACCACCUACACCAAGCUCUUUGCCGGCAACAUCGCCCGCCACCUCUUCCUCAAGAUGAAGAAGGGCUUCACCUGCAAGUGCCCGCGCUGCUCCGAUCCCACGGAGAAGGGCGCCUUCAUCUCGGGCCUGUACUGCCGGGACACCAACUGCACGGGUCUGGUGGUGCCGGAGAUCUCCGGGCUGCCGCAUCCCAACUGGAACUGUCUGGAGUGCAAGCAGAAGUCCACGCAUGCGCAGAUGAUGAAGUCGCAGGACUUUGCCAGCGGUGCCAUCAACGCCAAGGCCAACUCGAAUUCGCUGCGGACACUGGUGCAGUACCUGAACGAGAAGAGCGACAGCUUCAUCCCGAGCUCCAACUACGUGGUGGUGGACGCCAAGAUGUCCGUGCUGCAGCGCCUCCAAGUCGGCAGGGAGGACUGCUCCGAGGAGCUGGCGAACAACACGCGCCUGCGCUACAGCCGCGACAUCACCCAGGUGAUGGACAAGCUGGGCCUGGGCGACAGCCUGCUGCGCACCCAGCUGGAGGAGCUCCUCCGGCGCGAGGAGGAGCGCCGGGCCAAGCGGCUGGCCGCGGAGGAGGCCGCCAAGCAGCAGCAGCAGAAGCUGGCCGAGGCGGACAAACUUUUGGAGGCGGCACUGGCCAAGGAUCAGGCGUAUCAGGCGGAUCAGGAUCAGGAUCAGGAUCAGGCUCAGGUGGGCACAUCGGCGGGCACAGCCGAUCCUGGCACAGCACCUGCUCCUCCGCCAGCUGCCGCCGAGCUGGCCUAGGUGGUCGCUGCACAAUGACGCACUUUUCCCGGACUCGAGGGGCUUUUCUUAUUUCUUUACUAUACUCUAUUAUUUGAUAAAUACUUAAAAUACAGAUGUGUGAAAAACAAGGGUCAUAAAAUGCAACAUACUUUCAAAGAGAAUUUACAUAUUUUUAAAAUUAUUAAACAAUUAAAUAUUUUAAACAAAGCUCUGUAAAAAAAAUGGUCAUAAUGGUCUUUCAAAAAUAAUUUUAUUUAUGUUUUUUUGGACCAGUUACAGCAGCAAAGCUCUUGCACAGAAAUAAAAAAUGUAUAUUAAUACCCAUUUGAAUGUUAAUUUUAACGUUAUUCAUUGUGAAUAUCAAAUUUGUGCUGGUAUUUUUUUUUUCUUUGUAUACCUGUGUUAAAUAUAAUGGUCAUAAAAAGAAUGAUUUCCAGUUUGUGUAUUAUCAUUUAUGUUUUUUUCGGGCCAGUUACAGCAGAUAAGCUCUUAUACAGAACUAUUUAAACAUAACAUUUUCGGGAUUAAUACGUAUAGUCCUCCAACAGUCCUCUGGUCACCUCUCCUAGUUCUGUGUUGUGUGUACUAAACUUAAUAAUUGCAUCUGUAUUUGUAUUUGUAUUUAUUUAUAAUAAAUUACAAAUUAUACUCGA